UUCCGAGAGCAUUUUAGUGCGGGGGAUCCGACACUGUAUAAUAGCCCCCGGCUCCCUUGCCUGUUGCCACUACGCAAGCAAGCAAGCAGACAGAAUGACUCCCUCUGCCGUGUCCGCUUCGUCGGUGCAGGCCGACCGGCCGCUGACGGCACCGCCAAAGUCGGUGCCCUUGACGGCGCCGCUGUCCAAUGCGGCCGAGGUGCUGUCGGCGGUGCGGUGCCUGGCGGCUGACCUGGUGCAGCAGUUCAACGGCGGCCACCCAGGCACGGCCAUGGGUGCGGCCGCCAUCGGCCUGGCCCUCUGGGGCGGCGAGGGCACGAUGCGCUUCGACCCGGCCGAUGCUGCCUGGAUCGACCGGGACCGCUUUGUCCUAUCCGCGGGCCACGCCUGCCUGCUCCAGUACAUCUAUCUCCACCUGGCCGGCUACAAGAGCUGGACGCUGGACAUGCUCAAGCGCUAUCACUCGCCCGACUUUGUCCACUCGCAGGCGGCGGGCCAUCCCGAGAUUGAGUUUGAGGGCGUCGAGGUGACGACGGGCCCGCUCGGCCAGGGCAUCGCCAACGCCGUCGGCCUGGCGAUGGCGUCGAAGCACUUUGCCGCGCAUUUUAACCGGCCGGGCGGCCACGACAUUGUCGGCGCCAAGGUGUGGUGCAUGACCGGCGACGGCUGCCUGCAGGAGGGCGUGGGCCAGGAGGCCGUCUCGCUGGCGGGCCACCUGCGCCUCGACAAUCUGAUCCUCAUCUACGACGACAAUGGCGUCACCGUCGACGGCAACAUCGACACGUGCUUCACCGACGACACAUCGGCCAAGCUCACCAGCUGCGGCUGGCACGUCAUCGACGUCGAGGGCGAUGCGACAAACGACGUCGAGGCGAUCCUCAAGGCGCUCCAGUCGGCGCGCAACAGCACGGCUGGCAAACCCGUCUUUGUGCACAUCCGCACCGUCAUUGGCUUUGGCUCGCACAACCAGGGCCUGGCGCCCACGCACGGCGCGGCGCUGGGCGACGUCGAUGUCGCUGCCAUCAAGCAGCUGCACGGCCAGGACAGCGGCGUGCACUUCCACGUGCCCGGCCGCGUCUACGGCGCCUUUGACGAGAUCCGCGCGCGCGGGGCACGGGAGCACCAGCAGUGGCGGUUGCGCUUCGAGGCAUACCAGCGCGCGCACCCGGACCUGGCGCGCGAGUUCCAGGCCCGCUUCUCGGGCAGGCUCGACGGCGGUGUGGACACGGCGGCGCUGCUGCCCAGGCGCGAGGCGCUGCCCACGGCAGCCACACCCACCCGCAAGGCAUCCGGCCUCGCCGUCGCCGCCCUGGGCCCCGCCGUGCCCCAGCUCAUGACCGGCUCGGCGGACCUGAUGGAGUCGACGUUUGUCACAUGGACCAAGGACCUCUUUUUUGGCUCGCCCGACGCUGGCGAAGAAAAGCAGAGCUUCGCUGGCCGGCAGGUGCGCUACGGGAUCCGGGAGCACGCCAUGGCGGCCAUCGCAAACGGCCUGGCGGCGUACGCGCCCGACGCCAUUGUGCCCGUCAUUUCGACGUUCUUCAUGUUCUUUCUCUAUGCGGCACCCGCCGUGCGCAUGGCGGCGCUCCAGCGGCUCCGCAUCGUCGGCAUUGCCACGCACGACAGCAUCGGCAUCGGCGAGGACGGGCCGACGCACCAGCCGAUUGCGCUCGCGAGCCUGUUCCGCGCCAUGCCCAACCUCCGCUUCGUGCGGCCGGCCGACGCAGAGGAGGUCAUGGGCGCGUGGAAGCUGGCUCUGCAGGACAGCGACGGCGAUGGCGGCGGGGGAAUGCCCACCAUACUGUCGCUGAGCCGGCAGGGUGUGCCGCUGCUCGCCGGGUCCGAUCGCGAGGCCGUGGCAAAGGGCGCAUACACCGUCGUCGAGAGCGCGUCGUCGUUGUCGUCGUUGUCGCCGUCGUCGUCGCCGUCGUCGCCACCACGCCUCGUCCUCAUCGCUACGGGGUCCGAGGUGCAGCUGGCAGUGCGCGUGGCCGAGCGGCUGGGCCAAACGACGCCGACAAGCGUCGUCUCGAUGCCGUGCCAGGCCCUCUUUGACGCCCAGCCGGCGUCGUACCGCCGCGCAGUGCUGCCCGCGACCAGCCUCAUCGUCGCCAUCGAGGCCUGGUCGUCGUACGGCUGGGCCAGGUACGCGCAUGCAUCGGUGAGCAUGCACACGUUUGGCCUCUCAGGGCCCCAGGCGGGCCUCUACGACCACUUUGGCUUCAGCGAGGACAACAUCGCGAAGAAAGUCGACGCCUUUGUGAAGAAGCACUCGACGGGACCGGACGGCGCCGUGAGGGUGCCUGCCGUGGGUGACUUUGAGGAGCUGCUGCUCGGCCAUGCACCCUGAAAUGGUGGUAUAUAAAUGCAAUGCGAUUCUAUGUCUCCUCCUGU